UUUCAGUGUUUGCUGCUUCCGAGUAAAGCAUGCAAACGCUGUACCUUGUGAUACAGCGCAGGUUCGUUCAGGCGAAACCUCGAACAGUUUAUGUCCCAUACUUUCCUGCCAAUAAAAUCUCGUCUAGCUUCAAAUUUUUUCUUUGCACCCAAACACCAAAUGAUUUUACCGAGAAAGUCUCCGAGUCAAAACGAGAAGAACCCAGGUCCUGCUUAUCUUAUAGGAUUGAGAAGCUGCCUAAUGGAGAACCAGUUGGGUCUGCUUUCCAGAGCUGGAUGGGUGAUGGCUUUCCCAUUCAUAGAGGUGACAUCUUUCACGCCAUUAACCGUCUUCGGAAGCUCAAGUUGAAUAAACGCGCUCUUGAGGUAAUGGAAUGGGUGAUCAGAGAAAGGCCCUACAGGCCAAAGGAACUAGACUACUCUUAUCUGUUGGAAUUUACAACCAAGUUUCAUGGGAUAUCUCAAGGUAAAGAACUCUUUACACGCGUUCCUCUUGAGUUUCAAAAUGAGCUGCUUUACAACAAUCUUGUGAUUGCGUGCUUGGAUAAGGGUGCAAUAAGGCUUCCACUUGAGUGUAUGAAGAAAAUGAGGGAAUUGGGUCAUCCCAUUUCACACUUGGUAUUUAAUCGACUCAUUAUUCUCCAUUCCUCUUCAAGGCGUAAAAAGUUGAUAGUGAAAAUCCUUGCACAAAUGAGGGCUGAUAAAGUGGUUCUGCAUGCCUCCACAUUCAACAUUCUCAUGAAAAUAGAAGCCAACGAACACAAUAUCGAAGGACUGAUGAAGGUAUACUCCAAUAUGAAGCGAGCAAAAGUUGAGCCGAAUGAAAUAUCUCACUGCAUCGUAGCUACUGCCCAUGCAGUGGCAAGGUUGUAUACCGCAGCUGAAGCAUAUGUUGAAGCCUUAGAGAAGUCAGUUACAGGUAGUAACUGGUCAACACUUGAUGUUCUAAUUAUGUUGUAUGGUUACUUAGGGAAGGAGAAGGAGUUAGAGAGAACUUGGGGUUUAGUGAAGGAACUCCCCCAUGUUCGGUCUAAAAGUUAUGUGAUGGCAAUUGAAGCAUUUGGUAGAAUCAGCCAACUGAGCCGAGCUGAAGAACUUUGGUUAGAGAUGAAGGCAGCAAAAGGGUUGAAAACUACUGAGCAGUUCAAUUCUAUGAUAUCUGUGUAUUGCAAGCAUGGGCUUAUCGAUAAAGCAUCUAAGCUUUUCAGGGAAAUAAUGGCGGAUGGGUGCAAACCAAAUGCCAUAACCUUUCGCCAUCUUGCUUUGGGUUGCUUAAAAGCAGGAUUGGUAGAGGAAGCCAUUAAGACUCUAGAGUUGGGGAUGAGUUCGACAAUGAGCAAUGGUGUCAGGAAUUCUACCCCAUGGUUGGAGACCACUCUUUCAAUAAUUGAGGCUUUCGCUGAGAAUGGUGAUGUAGGGAACGUUGAGAAGUUGUUUGAAGAACUUACGAAAGCCAAGUAUGCAAGACAUACUUUUGUAUACAACACUUUAAUUAAGGCUUAUGUGAAGGCCAAAAUUUAUGAUUCGAAUCUUUUGAAGAGGAUGAUUCUAGGAGGCGCAAGGCCAGACGCCGAAACCUAUAGUCUGAUGAAUCUUGCGGAGCAGUUUCGAACCUGAUUCUGAGUUGUAAUAUAGUUGUAACUUGUAUGGUGGUCUGAUACAUUUAAUAAAUUAAUAUUGAACCGUUGAUUCCUUACACAAAAUGUUUAUCAAUGAUGUAAAUGGAAGAUAAUGCAUAAGUUGCUCGUUGAAUGUAAUGUAAUAUAGUUGCUUUUCU